CAGCCAGACGGUUACUGAGACUGAAUGCCAGCUUCAUUGAAAAAGCUCCGUUAUCGAGAGUAGAGACAGGAGGGACGAACGUUUCCAGUGUACAGACUUACACAUAACAACACGCAGAAAGCUCUGGGGAACUCGGGGAAAGGGACAUUUUAACCUUCUGAAGACGCUCAAUGAGAGAAAGCAGAAGACAAAUCGUUUGAAAAGAAAAAUCAAGGGCAGUGGGUAUACGCGGGACUUUAUUAUCCAUUCCUAGUAACUUGUGGAAUUAUAAGGGCAACACACAGAAGAAAAACUACCUCUUCGUCGUUUCAUAUUUUCAUUUCCUUUUUUUCUUUCUUUUCUUUCUUAUUUUGGUUCAUUGUCUGUCCUCAGCAGAACUGAUAAACGAAGGAGUUGAAUUGCAGUGCAGUGCGUAAAGAGGCUGAACGCCGCACCAGGACAUAACACUUGAUUGCAUUUAACCAGCAAGAGGCAGUUUUUUUUUUACUCUAUUUUUAUAAUUUAUUUAUUAAUUCACAGUGUAAGUGAACAUAUUUAUUUGUUUUCAUCUGUGGUUCUGUCUGGAGCCGAAUUUGUUAUUUUUUUGGAAUAUGGUUGGGGAAAUGGAAACGAAGGAGAAGCCGAAGCCAACCCCAGACUAUCUCAUGCAGCUUAUGAAUGAUAAGAAAUUGAUGAGCAGUCUGCCCAACUUCUGUGGGAUUUUCAACCACCUGGAACGACUGCUUGACGAAGAGAUCAGCCGGGUACGCAAGGACAUGUACAACGACACGCUGAACGGCAGCACGGAGAAGAGGAGCAGCGAGCUGCCGGACGCCGUGGGCCCCAUCGUGCAGCUGCAGGAGAAGCUCUACGUGCCGGUCAAAGAGUACCCUGACUUCAACUUCGUGGGCCGUAUCCUGGGCCCGCGGGGGCUCACGGCCAAGCAGCUGGAGGCAGAGACGGGAUGUAAAAUCAUGGUCCGCGGGAAAGGCUCCAUGAGGGACAAGAAGAAGGAGGAGCAGAACCGAGGCAAGCCCAACUGGGAACACCUCAACGAGGACCUGCACGUUCUCAUCACGGUGGAGGACGCACAGAACCGGGCCGAGAUCAAGCUGAAGCGGGCCGUGGAGGAGGUCAACAAACUACUUGUGCCUGCGGCGGAGGGGGAGGACAGCCUGAAGAAGAUGCAGCUGAUGGAGCUGGCCAUCCUCAACGGCACCUACAGGGACGCCAACAUCAAGUCACCUGCCCUCGCCUUCUCUCUUGCAGCCACUGCCCAGGCCCCCCGCCUCAUCACCGGCCCCAACCAAGUGCUUCCCCAGGGGGCCCUGCGCACGCCCACCCCAGCGGGCCCCACCAUCAUGCCCCUGAUUCGACAGAUCCAGACUGUCAUGCCCAACGGAUCGCCUCACCCGGGCGCCACCCUGAUGCCCCAGGGGCCCGAGUCGGGCCUCAUAUACGCCACGCCCUACGAUUACCCCUACACGCUGGCCCCUGCCACCUCCAUCCUGGAGUACCCCAUCGACUCCAGUGGGGUGUUAGCGUCCUCAAAGGCCGAAGAGCUGCCUCUCUACCUGGGCUUUCAGACCUGUCACUUUCCCAUCACUGUGCAGCGCGGAGAGCCCGCCAACCGGCCUCCAUUUUAAAGAAACGCACACACACCUUUUCCUCCCUUCUUCCCCUUUACACAACAAACACACACAUACAGCCUCCCCCCCCCCCCCCCCCCUCCGCUCCCAAGUGUUGGACUGGUCGACCAUCGGCCCCCCUUCUAACAACCACAAGCCACACAGGGGGAGGCCUGUCCUUCCUCUCCAUGUUCGGUUCCAAAUGACCUGUGUGUGUGUACUGAUGCCCCCUUCCAUAUAUCUAUAUCUGUGUCUGAUGAUGAGGGACAAAUAAGCACUGAGCCCCACACUGCUGCAAACCCCCCCUUGAGGUGCCCCCAUUUUUCUCACGAUCUCUCGACGGGGGUUGGGGUGAGGGGGUGGGGUGGGGUGGGCGGGGGCAGGGGCCUUCAGAGGGGUAACAUGAGGACGGAGAGGGGUCAGUGGGGGUCAUGUUAGGGUUACGGAUCAAGCCAGGGGCUGGAGGGUACGAGAUGGUUGGAGGGGUCACCUGUAAAAGCUAUAGGCCUUAUUCGCAAAGGGAUUUUAGGACAUUCUGUCCUCACUGACUGUCUUGUCUAAAGGCUGAAGCGGAACUUUUUUGAGUGUAGCCACUAGAAACAACAGUCAGUAAUAAUAAUAAAGCUGUUUUGUAACCAUUUCGAUGGACUGUCCUAAAAUAGCUUUUGGAGUAGGGCCUGGUGCUGUGUGUUGCUUCUCAGAGGACAGACACUCCUGGCACUAAUUCCCCGUUCCCUUCCUUCAUUCUUUAGGUGUGGCUUUCCCCACGAGAGGCUAAAAGAGUUUCAAGGAUCCUUACUGAGCCCCUCAUCCGAUCUGAGUGUUAACACACAUGCGCUUUUCGUUUCACAGCUGCCUUUGAAUAAAGAACCCUGGGCCAGGCCUAGCAGUCAGACAGUCAGACAGUCAGACAGUCAGACAGUCAGACAGACAGACAGACAGACAGACAGACAGACUCAAGUCUCUUUCUCACUACUGACGUUUACACUGGCCUAUCUUCCCCCAAAGAGACACAGCUCUUUAUGACAUGCAUGUAUUUGUGUUUGUGUGCAUGUGUGUUCUCUUCACACACACGCACACGCACACACACACACACGCAAACAUGUUUACAUAUGCAUAUUCUUACCUCCCAGACUGUUUCAUUGACUGCUAUGUUUGGGUUUGAGAAGAAAAAAACAAUACAAUACUGUCUCGCUUUACUAAUCACUUAAUUCAUUGCCUUUUUCUACUUGUGGUUCUUUGAUAAGAGUUGUUAAUUUUGUACUACUGCAAAUGUGCCUAUAAAGCUUCCAUCUCUGGGCUUUGACCAGGGAGUAAGUGAUCAGUAUUAUAUUUAAAAACAAAAAAAUAACUGGAGAUGCACUUCCUGAUGCGUGACCUGAGAUUAUGUGACUAGUAAAGCUUCCCUCUUUGUGUGUGUGUUUGUGUGUGUGUGCAAAUAUGCCUAAUGUCUGAAUCUGUAACAAGGACUAAAGAAACAAUGUAUCCUUAUGGUCAAGGUUACUCCAUAUUCAACGCUACUAAGUCCAAGAUUUCUCCUUGUUAUAAAAAAAAAAAUAAGAGUAUAAUUUGUGCCUUAACAUGUAUUUUCUAAUGAUUUACCUAAUUUGUUAGAUGUGUUUGGUCAUAUAUAUAUAUAUAUAUAUAAUGUAGUAAUAUGAAACCCUGAUUAAUUGACUUAAUGGAAAAUGGUGAAGGAUGACUCAUACCUAAUCCCUGUUGUGGUGAUGUUGUUGCAAUCCGAGCAGGUGCAGUGACUACUAAAGUUCGAAGGCACGAUAUGCGGGUCCAUCCUUACCAGAGGGUAGUGACCGCAGACAGAGGUUAGUUUAGCUCCUGUGCUUUUGUGUUUAUCAGCCACGCCUGCGCAAUGUCGGUCCUGGUCUGUUUUGCAACAUGUUCACUUUUCUGAAGCUAGUCGUCCCAGGUUUGUGAUUCCCUGCCGCAUACGGAAUCCCAGUCUUCCUAUAAACAACCUAUAAGGUUCAGAACUUUGGUUUUGGAGUAGUUUCUCCGCGUUUGUAGGGCUAUAAAACUCAAUUUCAAUAAAUAGCGACCAAAACACAACAAAGGACAACAAACAUGUUUAUUCAAGUAGAGACACAAACGGACAUACUUGCAUUUAAGAUAAACAAGCUUCACUUAACUCCAUUAUUUUGAUGACCUUAUGGAUCUGGCAUGAUGUUUAUGAAGAAUAAUGGACAAUCCCUUUACAGAACAGUGUUUCACUUUCCCCCUCUGUUUAAUGAGAAGGUUGCAAUUUAUUGAUGCACUUAAGUCUUCAGCUUUUGAAAGAUGAUUACACAACACCGAUCAGUCAAGUUAGUCCUUUUGUAUUUAUUUGUACGCAGAAAUUAAGUUCUGAUCAUCAGGCACAUUUUUUGUAAGGGACAAAACUGAAGUGGUUGUAAAACUGUCAUGCCAUAUUUGUUUUUUCACUGUCUAAUCGGAUUGUAUUUUCCUCUCAUUUUUAGUCUUUUUGAUUCUAAAUUUCUUUUUAAAAGCCUCCGCCCUACUGAAGUCCCUUAGAACCUUAGCGGGUGUAACGGACCCAUGUGGCUGCAGACUGGAGCUCGGGCAUUGUGCAUAGUUCACUUUGAAGUUCUCAGCAGAUGGGGAAACAAACACAGGCCAUCAUAAACACAACGGUCAGAGAUUUUACUCGCUAAAUUAUAUACCGCCCCCACACAGAACAAGAGUUGAUCUGGCCAUGUAGUUUCACACAGAACUAAGUCAAAGCCUUAGCAAAGAUUAUAUCGUUAAGUCGUUUUUGUUUUUUUGAGGAUUUUGUUUUCAUAAACGUAGUAUGGAAUUAAUGUCAAACUUGUCAAUUCUGUCAGUCAGUGCCUGUUCUUCUUCAUCCUUAGACCCCAUUGAUGGAUUCCACAGGUGUGUAGUGUAUAUUCCUCCCACAUAAUGUGUUUCCACAUAUCGACAGCACUUCAUCACAUAUGUAUGUGUACAUGUGUGUAUCACGUGAAGGUUUGCAAUGUGCUUGAGAAGUUGUUAUUGUAACAACUUAUGGAAAAUCUAGAACAAUGUAUUUUAGUGAAAUCUACUCAUAUUAGUUGAUAAGAGGUGAGUCAUCAUCUUUUUCAGCUUUAUGAUGAUGAUGUGAUUCCAUUAACAUGUAUUACUGUAUCCAUGCACAGUAAUCAUGUUGCACUUUAUAUAUAAUUUGACAUUGCUUAAGCCCUGCACCGCAGCACAGAGUAUGAAAAUUAAAUGAUACUUAACGGGGGUUAUCAUCCGCAUAUUUCACCUCCACUUGCGUUAUUGCGUUAUAAUCUGUUCUGACAACACGCAGAUUCGUGUGAUCCUAAAGGGUCUAAGGAUAUAGCAGUUUGGGCAUGGUUGAUCAGAAAGUGAUUUCCCUGCGAAACGACUCUAAAAAAGUCAAUAAGAAACAACUCUAAUGUUACUUAAGUAACUUAAGAAGUGCAUUUAUAAACAUGAGGGGUUUAUUACUAAAAGGUCAAACCUUAAUACAUAAUGAAGGACAACUAAGUAACGAAUAGGUAACACUGACAAAAUUAAUGAGAAACAACCAGAUGAAAUUGCACAAAGGCUGGUAUUCAAUCCAUGCACACAUAGAUUUACCCUGACACCAUAAUUAACAGUUUCACACAAUACAAAGUUAAUUAAAAAAAGCUUAACAAAGUUAAGCAAUGAAGAGGUUAAAGUUAUAAUAGACUUGAUAUUUAAACAUUUGUUUAAUAGAUGACGUGUGGGGGGGUUAAUCUUGCUGAGGGUGGAUUGAGUGCCUUCCAAACCAUCAACCCUGUGUGUUCGUACAAGUCUGUCUCAUGGUGGCAGGGGAGGAUGCAGGUGUAAGAUGGCCUCCGAAAUAUGGGCCUCUUCUCCAGGUCAUACUGGCAAGGACGUUAACAUCUCCAUAGAGGAUCAGUUACACCUCAAUUGGGUCAAAAAGUUGUUUACCGUAGAUUCUUGUUUUGAGAUAUCCUUGACCUAUGUUGCUUUCCAAACGUAUAGAUUGGUGAGUUUUUUUAAAUCUCUUGUCAAUCUGGUAAAGAAGCCACACCCUUUCCUUUACAUCUGUUGAAUUUUGCUUCAUUUGAAAAGAGAGACUACGGCACAAAUCUUAUUUUGCACUGAACGACAUUUCAAAAGCAUUCUUCAUCUCCUCUGCUCCAGUCAGAAAGAGCAGACAUGUUUAAAAAGUGAAAGCUAUGACAAACCUCAGAUGAUGAAAUGAAAUGAAUACAUGUAUGAUUUAAGCUAUAGAGUCUUAACCAGACCACAGUGUAGUGGACUGAGUGUUCAAGGGUCCACUUUAUGGAUGAGACAAUUGCCAGAGUAUGAAUGCAUUUACGACAAAAUUCCACUUGAGACAUUUUUUUUAUGUUUUACUGUAAGCUUCUUUUUAUUUUUUGUUGUUGCAAAGAAAAUAGUAUUUACUUGUGGCUUCUUGAAAUAUAUAUAAAUAUAUAUAUUAAAAUUAUAAAGCAGGAAUGUAUAUGAAAUGUCAGAUUUUACUUGUAUUUUGCAAAGAAAUAGCGAAGAUAUUCUAGAGGGCUAUUGUAGGAAAGACAAAUAUGCAUCAUAGCAGCUUUAUAGCACCACUUUAGAAAAUUUCCUAUAUUUUUGAAUAUAUUUUAGGGCUUUAUACAAAAGACAGGACCUUUUCAGUGUUUAUAUGCAAGUGCAUUUUAUAUUACGUGUCAUGUGAACUGUCUAUUGUCUCUUAAGCUGAGGGCACCGGCUGAAGGGACGUCUUUAGCAUGCUCACAGCUUAAACCUUCCAUGGCUAGAAUGCUCUUUAGAAAGAUACCAUGUAGUGUUGCUUUGUAUCAUUAUGGCAAAGAUUUUCCUGUUUGUUGUAAAUAGAAAACAUUGAAAAGGCAAUAAAAAAUUCUAUUGAGUAAAAAAACAACAAACACUGUUUUGGCCCUAGAUUAUUUUCUCCCACAACAAUGUGGUCCUCUUGAAUUUCUCAUUGUACUCUCUCUAAAUUCAUCUCUGCUAUAACAAAGAGACAUUAAUAUUCACUUCCUUCAUUACCGGCGUCUUAACUCUUGAACCACUGUAGGGACCUAAUGCUUAAUAGCAGUCAGGUAACAAUAGCUUCGCUGACUUGUCAAAGUAACUCCUUUUUCAUAUCAUUGAACUUUCCUCCUAUUCAGAUGUCCUGUCCACUCAUGUGACUGCUACUAACCAUUAGACAUGUUACUGUGAUUGUCUUAUUUUCAUUUUUCAAUUCGUUAUUUUGUUUCCUCCUUUUUAACAUGUGAGCUAUAAGAGGCGGGCUGUUUUUCAUGCAGUUUAUGUAAAAUCAUGCUUUUAUGAUUUUACCACAUGUAUCUAUUUAGAUGAUUGGUUCUUCCUAAACCCUUGGAUUCAAAUAAUCCACCAUAUGAACCGCCCUUACUACAGAACCAGAGGAGGUACUGAGAUACUCUCUCUUUUCUCACUCAACAUGUUCAGUCCAGGUGGCUGAAGUUGCUGGGUGAGAAUGAUUGAUUCUCAUUGGUCACAUUGAUGGGCAGGUCAUAUGGUGAAUGGUAUGGAUCCAGGGCCUAUUUGUGAUUAGUAGAAUCAUGAUGUCACCCUGCUGUCACUCGCUGAAACUAAUCUCCUCUCUAUCUUUUUUCUUUCCUUUCCUUUUUGUUUUCCCUCCUUUUUAUUAUUCCCCCUCCCUUUCCGUU